AUGGCACGAAGUGACGACUUUGAGAUCGUGACUGACUCGGCCACCGCACAAGGCGCCAGUUCAUCAGCCUCCAACGCCGACGAUGGGAAGACUACCGAGGAGCCUCCAGCCCAACCUAAGGAGAUGAAGUGUGAGGUAAAAGAGUACGAAGCACGAUAUGACGCCGAAGGGAAGAGGUCGGUCAAGGAGGUUGAGCUUGACCAAGAUGCCGAUCUGAAAGACGACGGCAAGUUCGCCAUGAGGCUGUACAAGUACUACACACGAGACAGCAGGAUCGAAAAGGUCAACCUGGAGAUCCGGUCCCCUCACAUUCGUCAGGCUCUCCGUGAGGUCGUCGGGAGUUACCCCGAUCAGAAUUUCAGUGGAAGCGUCACCCUUACGGGCUCCUCGGAAUUCUCAGCCCUUGCCUGUCUUUUCCACUACAGGAGGGAACUGAAGAGCUACAAGGAUAGCCUACACGAUCCUAUGGCGAAGCGACACAUCGCUCUCGUUAACAAUCUCGUGGAGAAGGAAUUUCGUCGAGAUAUUCAUCGCUUUGAAGACGGUAUGGAAGCCGAUGUUCUCUGCGUCGAUUUCAAGGACUUAUGGAUGCUCUUCAAGCCUGAUGACUUCGUCUUUGGCGGCAAAUCCUACGAUCAGUACGUCAACAAGAUUGUCAAGGUCACCUUCAAUGCUGGGGGCUCUGGUUGCCCGCCACGGUGGACCGUCACAACCAAAGCGUUCGCACAUGAUGGAGCCAAGUUCGGCUACAUUCACCGUCCAAUUGAUAUCUCCGCGUUCGACGGGAUCAGAGAAGUCUCUAAGCUUCGCUGCUAUCCCUUCAAGUUCCACUCAGAUCAGUACGCACUGCGGAAAUAUCUGGUCUACCGCGGUCGAAAGUAUUGUAGUCUGACAGGCAUCCAAUACCGGGCUUACUCUGGCGACGCUAUUGCGGUGGACAAGGUAAAAACUGUCAACUAUGCUGGAAGAGCAAGCACCUCUUACCCCGAGGAGUUUAUCAAGCUCCACGGUCGGGUUAUGCUCGACUGCAAGUCGUUCAUUGACGAACGCACCGACAGCGAUAUCACAAUUGGCGAGGUGAAGAACAUCAAGCCAGCCGAUAUAACCGAAGACGACUACAUGAUGUGCCACUUCGCCUUGAGUGGUUUCUCGCUGACCGAGAAGAGCUGGUGCUGGUUCUUCGUCGACCUCCUCGAUGACAUUGUGUUCGAUGACGGCGCUUUUGACGCGCUCUUGCUGCCCAGCAAGCAGAAGCGCCUCAUUCGCGCGCUCACCACCAAACACACAUCGGGUGGAGGAGAUGGCUUCGACGAUCUUAUUCAAGGUAAAGGAAGAGGGUGCAUCUUCCUUCUGCAUGGUGAACCUGGGAUCGGAAAAACAUUUACGGCCGAGAGCAUCGCUGACGAUAUCAAACGCCCCCUCUAUGUCAUGAUGUCGGGCGAGCUGGGAUCAGAUGUCAAGACUGUCGACUCGAGUCUCAGGAAGGUUUUGAAGCAUGUCACGACUUGGAAUGCUGUGCUUCUUAUUGAUGAGGCGGAUGUGUUCUUGGAGAAGAGGUCUUCACAUGACCUCGCACGUAACAGUCUUGUUUCGAUCUUCCUCCGCACUCUAGAGUACUUCUCCGGAGUCCUAUUCCUCACAACCAACCGCAUCAACUCUUUCGAUCUCGCCUUCCAGUCUCGAAUUCACCUCGCCUUGAAGUACAACCCCCUCGACGCCGGCGCUCGUGAACAGCUAUGGAAGCUGUUCCUCCAGCGGACCCCAAAUUUCGAGGCCAAAGACUGGCCGCCAGAGGUCCUGCGCGAGCUUGCAGCGUUCAACGUCAACGGACGGCAGAUCAAGAACACCGUCCGCACGGCAUAUGCUCUUGCUCUCGCCGAGAAGAGCAACUUCGGUGCCGAUCAGGUUCGAGACGUGUUGGAAACGGUCGGGGAGUUCCAGGCGGAUUUCAAUAAGGAGACGCAGGCACGCGGGGAUCCGACCACCGAACCUGCAGUGCCGAAGAGCCUCCAGGGGCUUGGGCUGCGUGGUGUGAAGGACGAGGACUAG